AUGACAAGACAAAUUCACCAGAGUCCCAUAUUGAGUCUAUUCGGAAAGAGCAAAAAGGGCAAGGAUGUUGUUGGUGGAAAGGCUGUUAGUAGUGGGGUUGAAGUGGGCAAAGGUUUUGGUGAUGGUUUGGGUAAUAAUCAAAGAAAUAAUGGUAAUAUAACGGUGGAAACCCAUCCUAUUUUGAAGAGAAUGCCCAGAUUCAUGCUACCAUAUACAAAGAAUUUUAUACAUGCGCCCGUGUCCCAUGUCACAGCUUUUUUAAUUCUUCAUGAGAUAUCGGCCAUUGUGCCGUUGGUUGGAAUUUGGUACGUAUUUCAUAAGUACCAGUGGUCGAUUCCGUUGGAUCUACCAUCAUGGGCCAUUGAUAAGGGGACACACAUCAUUGAUAAAUCGAUGGCACAAUUUGAUUUCCGGAACUUUUCACUCCAAGAAAAGGCUAAUUUUAUCAUGGAAGGGGCAUAUGCUUAUGUUAUUGUAAAAGGGUUAUUUCCUGUGAGAAUUAUAUUUAGUGUUUUGUUCAUGCCAUACUUUGCAAAGUAUUUUGUUAUUCCUUUCACACGUAUGUUCAGCUUCAGAAAGAAGAAACAACCUAAGAAACCAGAGAUUGAAUCAAACAAAGAGGGAAACGAGAUCACCCAGAAGAAGGUGACUAAACCAAGAUUGUAA